CACCAAUUAAGGUAUGGUAUCACUGCUGCCAGUCAGCUCCAACUCAUUUCAACUAUCUGGCAACACCCAACAGUGGCAGCGAUUUACUUGCAGCCCUGUCAAAAUUUUGCAAAAAGUUUUACUCGCGUCCAUCGAAAACGCAACAAAAGCAAAAAAGUAUUAAAUGUGUGACAAUUGCAAGAUAUUUAUAUAAAAUAAACAAUUGCAAGAAAGAGACAGUGAGUUAACGCGUACUUAAUUGCCAGCUGACUGUGAAAUGGAAGCGCUAAUUCCAGUUAUCAACAAAUUACAAGAUGUCUUCAAUACCGUUGGCUCUGACUCAAUACAAUUGCCGCAAAUUGUUGUACUCGGCAGCCAGAGUUCGGGUAAAAGUUCCGUUAUCGAGAGCAUUGUGGGACGCUCGUUUCUGCCACGAGGAACGGGUAUCGUGACGAGGCGUCCUCUGAUUUUGCAGCUGAUUCACUGUCCACUCGAGGAUCGGGAGCAUCGCUCAGCGGAGAAUGGCACUGUCAAUGCUGAGGAAUGGGGACGCUUUCUGCACACGAAGAAAUGCUUUACGGACUUCAAUGAGAUCCGGCUUGAGAUCGAUAAUGAAACGGAGCGUGUGGCGGGCAACAACAAGGGCAUCUGCCCAGAGCCCAUCAAUCUGAAGAUCUUCUCGACGCGUGUCGUUAAUCUGACGCUGGUGGAUUUGCCGGGCAUUACCAAGGUGCCAGUGGGUGAUCAACCGGAGGAUAUUGAAGCGCAAAUUAAGGAUUUGGUCAUCAAGUACAUUGAGAACCCCAAUUCAAUUAUUUUGGCUGUGACGGCUGCCAACACAGACAUGGCAACCAGCGAGGCCCUCAAGCUGGCCAAGGAUGUGGAUCCCGAUGGCAGACGCACUCUGGCCGUCGUCACCAAGCUGGAUCUCAUGGAUGCGGGCACAGAUGCCAUUGAUAUACUGUGUGGACGUGUCAUUCCCGUCAAGCUUGGCAUUAUAGGUGUGAUGAAUCGUUCGCAACAGGACAUUAUCGAUAAGAAGAACAUUGAUGAGCAAAUGAAGGACGAAGCGGCGUUCCUGCAACGCAAAUAUCCCACACUUGCCACACGCAACGGCACACCGUAUCUGGCCAAGACACUGAAUCGCCUCCUAAUGCAUCACAUACGCGACUGUUUGCCCGAUCUUAAGACACGCGUGAAUAUAAUGUCGACGCAAUUUCAAUCACUGCUCAACUCUUACGGCGAGGAUGUGUCCGACAAGAGUCAAACACUGCUCCACAUCAUAACCAAGUUCUCCAGCGCCUACUGUUCCACAAUUGAGGGCACAGCGCGUAAUAUCGAGACGACGGAAUUGUGUGGCGGAGCGCGUCUUUGUUACAUUUUCCAUGAGAUCUUUGGACGCACCUUGGACUCGAUACAUCCGCUGGCGGGACUAACAAAAAUGGACAUUCUUACGGCCAUCAGGAAUGCGACGGGUCCGAGGCCAGCGCUCUUUGUGCCCGAAGUGUCCUUUGAGCUGCUGGUGAAGCGUCAGAUUCGCCGCCUGGAGGAGCCGUCGCUGCGUUGCGUUGAACUGAUCCACGAGGAAAUGCAGCGCAUUGUGCAACAUUGCGGCAACGAGGUGCAACAGGAGAUGCUGCGUUUUCCCAAGUUGCAUGAGAAGAUUGUCGAUGUGGUGACUCAGCUGCUGCGUUGUCGUCUGCCGGCCACAAAUGUGAUGGUCGAGAAUAUUGUGGCAAUUGAGUUGGCCUACAUAAACACCAAGCAUCCAGAUUUCCACAAGGAAGCUGCUUUGGUGCCCAGUCUACUCAAGACCGAUAACGAUCCCUAUUCACAAUCGCGUCGCACGAACACGCCACGCAACAAUAUGUCGCCCCAAGUCUCGUCACACAGUACGAUGACACAGAACCAGCAACACUCGCAACAGUCACAGGCGCAACUGCAAACACAACAACAACAACAGCAGCAGCAGCAACAACAACAACAACAGAAUGAUAACCAUGAUCAGAAUCAUGUUGGCGAGAACUCAACGGGCUCCUGGUUAUCAAACAUUUUACCACCUGCUCCUAAUCGUGCCGACAGCAUUGAGAACUCGGCGAGCAACACUCCGGUGCAUAACAAUAUGGUCAGUCCAUUGAAGCCCGUCAAUCUGCUACCCGAUGUGCCGGCUCUGCACAAUCCACGUCGUCUUACCGACAAGGAGCAAAAGGAUUGUGAUGUCAUUGAGCGUCUGAUCAAAUCGUAUUUCUAUAUUGUGCGCAAAUCAAUACAAGACUCUGUACCAAAGGCAAUAAUGCAUUUCUUGGUUAACUACGUUAAGGACAAUUUGCAAAGUGAACUGGUUACACAUCUGUACAAGUCGGAGAAGGCUGAAACACUGCUUAAUGAGUCCGAUCACAUUGCAGUGCGUCGGAAAGAGGCGGCAGAUAUGUUAAAGGCUCUCACGCGUGCUAAUCACAUUAUUAGCGAAAUACGCGAAACUCACAUGUGGUAAAAAGUGGGAAAAAGGAGUGCGUAUUGCCGCCAGAUAUUGGAUAUGAUAUUGGAGCCUGUUUCGACCAAAAACAAAAAUAUAACAAGCAAUUAAAAAGCAUGCAAAGGCAUAUAUCAAUCGACACUAUUUAUUGCAGACAACUUUGAAAUCGAAACAACUUUGCUUUGUUAAAUGUUUCCUUCUCCCCACAUUAAAAACUAGCAACACAUUAUAUAG